CAACGCACAUCUUCUUAUUUGCAGCGAGGAAUAUUAAUUUAUUUCAUAUAUGCGAAUGCAUGUUGUGUUUGUUAGCUAGCUCAGCUAAAGGCGAUUGGUCGCGUGUUGCUGACGUUACACUCUUGACAUUGGCAUGGAGCGUGAUAGAAGGCUCACACAGUAUUCGCUGUAGUAAUGGCUCUCCCCCAGCUUUCAAGAUCCAUUACUGGGCUUCUCGUAGAGACAUCGUCUAUAGUUCAUCAGAGGACUUUUAGUGUAUCUGCUGUUGCAGCCGCCAUUCAAAAAAUGACAAGAGUGCGUGUAGUGGACAACAGCUCUCUUGGAAAUACGCCAUAUCACCGUGCGCCGAGAGUGAUCCAUGUCUACACCAAGAAUGGCGUAGGAAAAGUUGGUGACAGAGUGUUGCUUGCCAUCAAAGGACAGAAGAAGAAAGCGCUAAUCGUUGGACACAAAAUGCCUGGAGAACGCAUGAGUCCACGCUUUGAUUCAAACAACGUUGUUCUGAUUGAGGACAAUGGGAACCCUACGGGAACAAGGAUUAAGGUCCCUUUACCCACGCAUCUACGUACAAUGGAGGGAGAUUACUCUAAAGUUCUAGCAAUUGCUAGUUCAUUUGUUUAAUACCAGCAUUAUUCAAUUGUGAUUUGAGAGAUAUAUAUAUAAAAGAUAUUUCUCAUCUGCUGGGUGUAUAUGAACAUUUUAUGCGUAUGUUGUCUUCAGCAAACUUAAGGAGCAUACACUCAGUAACAAAUGAUGUCUCUAUACAGUAUUCUGUUACUUAAUGUAAGAAACAAGUUUUGUCACUAUUGACAUUUUAUGGAGGCCUCUCUAUGCUUACAAUAAAUAUAACCUUUGCCUUGAAUGCAUGAAC